AUGAGCGCCUACGGGGACUCUUUCGAGGGCAGCGACACAACUUCCUCGCAGCUGUCGCCGUCGCCGCUGCAAACGACUCUCAGGAGUAAACCCGACACGGUUUGGCCUCAGUCGUCUCCCUCUGUUUCUCUCGUGCCGGUUCCGGUGCCCGUGCAGCAGGCGCAGGCGGAGCAGACGAUGCACCAGCAGCAGGGGCUGGACGACACGUUGGUGUCGUGCCCGGACGCGGCGACUUCCACUUUAACUGCGUUUAAUGCAUCAACGGAGGAUGACGGGACCACUGCUGGUGCCCCGUCUGCCCUGCUGCGCAAUGCAGCAGCACGCGUUGCUUCAAUCAACCUCUUUCCGAAGCUUGAGUUAAGCGACACCGUCAUGGACAAUGCGGCAGGGCAGGGAAUGGAAGCGAUGUCUGAUGACACGACGCAGUCCAACAUUGAGAGGAAGUUGGGUGGACUCAACGCAUCCAACACGGAAGAGUUUAAGGCACUAGCAUCAUACGUUGCAUUUGGUCCUACCCCGCCAAUGUCAAUGGAUGCCACCUCGCUCUCAGUCAACAGUACCAAAAAAAGCUCACGCGGCAGCGUUGCUAUUGGGGCGGUGGAGGAUUCUUUGCCGACCAAAACUCUAGCCUCUGCUGGGCCCGUGCUGGCUGAGGCGGAUGGCCCCUCUUCAUGGCUGGAGAGCAGUGUAUUCAGCACACUAUCGCAGCAUCUUGCCGUGGAGAAAACACAGGAAGAGGAACCCCGUCCCGCUGCACAGUUGAAGGAAGCUGUAAUGGCCGCCGCCGCUCCUCCUCCUCCUUCUGAUGUGAUGGGAGGGAAAGUUGGCGGCGCCAGUGGUGCUGCCCUCGCCAUGCUGCCGUUGCUAUCACCGCAAGCCAGCGACUCACAGACACAGUCUGCGUCCUCAGUUCCGCCCAUGUUGCUGUCGAAGGGGCCCCAAGGCCCACUGCUCAGCUCGCUUCGGUUGGAGGGUGCGCUCACCAGUCUGCCGCCCCCACUUCCGUUAAGCGACCCGCGGCAGAAUCCUAAAAUUGUGGAGCUUCGCGAGACAUCAGAGGCGGUGGAACGUUUGGUCCGCGCCUUUGCGCUUUUGCGUGGACACGUCGCUUCGUCCUCGUCUGACCCGCUUGCCGACGCAAAGGCCUCUUACACCACGAAAGACACGGAGCAGCUAUCGAGCUUUCGGCGACAGCACGGUGUGGGCGAUGCAGCAACAAUGCGGGUGCGUCAAGCAAACGGCCGGCGUCCGUACUUGCCGAGGCCGAAUCCUGUCGACGACGCGCAGGACGCGAAUAAAAAGGCGGCUCUGCAGCUGAAUGAGGCUGCGGUGGAGGACGCCAUCAUGUGCCUCGUUAUGGAGUUGAUGCAGAGGGACGCGAAGCAGCCGUUUGAGGAAAACAAAGAAAGGAGGGCCAUUCACCCAUCCUUUGAGGUUGUGGACAUGGACAACUUUAAAUCGGCAACUCCGUUAAAGCCACACAAAUCCCGUCGAUCUCUCCAGAAGGCAGUAUCUCCUUUUUCUGUUUUUGAUGGUGAAAUGCAGGCAUUUGCCCCGGGGGACGCUGAUGCCUCGGAGUCUUUGUACAACAGCGUCUUUCAGGGGCUACAAAAGUACGUGUGGUCGCAUGUGGCCGCGUCCACGCGGUCUACAAGCAGCUGCUUUCCACCUGUAAGUGCCCACUUUGCAUGGGUCCUGCAGCUUGACUUGUUAUUAGUCUGCAUGCAGACCCUUGAAACCCGCUUUGCUGGAGAGUGUGCGGGGACGAAAGGUGGCGCAGCUGUGUGGAUUCAAUACGAGGGAUCACGCGAAGCGGAGCCACUUGCACGAAACGCUGCUCACUGCUUGCCAUUUGAGGCAUUAGAUGCCAAGCAGCGCGAGAAGCCUGUGUUUAGGCUAGAGUAUUGGGUGACAAAGGAGAAGAUGUGGACCGUUGUAGAGGCACUCACAGCCUCCAUUCGUGAGGGUGUCGUUGCCCGAUCUGACGGCUACCGGGCGUUUUCCAGUGAGGACGACAUACACAUCGACCCCAACGCGCUGCUCCCGACACGGGUUCCACUUUUCUCACUAGUUGCGCCUGAGCGUUUGGGGGCAUCUGACGAGGAUGGGAGGCAUAAUGUUCGAAAGGGGACCCCACAGAAUGAGCAAGAGGAGACAAAUACAAAUUUUUUUCACAUACAUACAAAGGCACUCGAGUUGCUCGCACAUGCAGUGUCAACCACCAGCACAGAGCUCCUUGAAUCCGACAUUAAAACAGCUGGGAAACACCAAAACUAUAAACAACGCUACCAGGAUGCCACAACCGCAGUGACAGAGGCGGUAUAUGAACUUUUGGGGGACGCGGGGAUCCGUGCCGCCGUACAGCGCCGUGCCACAGUGAAGCUAACGGACUUGGCCAAGCGGCGUGAAGUAGACAACACAGUGAGUCAACAGCAAAGGGAGCGCCGUCUUAUUGAGGCUGCCGAAGAGGAAGCGGAACGGGUGGUGAAGAAGAUCCUACAGGAGAUACGAGUGGAGGAGGCCAGGGAUACAUGA